CAGGGGUGCCACCGCCCAGGGGUGGCCCCCCUCCCCCCCUCAAUGCCUGCCAGGCCGCUUCCGUAGCCAUUUUGGCUCGAGCCAUUUGGGCUCCAACACUUUGGUGUCAAGUGAAGCGUGCCCUGGUGAAUGGCGCGUAUCUAGGUACCGAAAGCCACAGGGUCGCGAGCCAAAUGGCCGCUGAUAUCCUGCGCUUCGAGUGCGUGCAGAUCCAAUGUCCAACCCACUGCAACUACCUUGGCAUGUGCCCAGGUGACUCUGAUGCGAAAGUGUACGGUGCGGAGGUUUGCUCUUAUUGGGAGAAUUAUGCAUACGUGUCUUUCCAAUCGGUUGCUCUUGGCAACUACCUCUGCGUGUGCCCAGGUGUUUCUGAUGCGAAAGUGAUCGGUACCAAUAAUUGUUUGGCCUAGGAACACUUUAAGGUAAUCGACCAAGAAGAUGGAUACGUUUCGCUCCAAUCGGCUGCUCAUGGCAACUACCUCUGCAUGUACCCAGGUGACGAUGCGAAAGUGGUCGGCACCAAAAACUGUUCGGCAUGGGAACGUUUCAAGGUCACAGGCAAGAAACGGGAAAUGGAUGUCCGUUCUGGACGCUGGUAUUCUCAUUACCGACACUCCGUCUUCGCCACCAUUGCAAACGCCAAGGUUUUGGGAUGUGAGAGGACUAGGCUUGUGCAAGUAAAACCUCCUUUAGUGUCCUCGGACCAAUUUGGAGGUGGCGGCGCUGAUGGUUGACAGAUAUGAUGUCUACCGCCAGAAAAGGGCGCCUUUGUUUGAUCAUGCCGGAGUAGAACGGAUCACCUACGACAGCAUCACCACCUGCCAAGUAUCGAAGGAUGAGUUGGCAGACAUGCUCGCAGUCUAUUCAGACAAGGGACAUUGCGCUAUCGUGACAUCUUGCGCGGCGCCUCAUUUCGAGGACGUCGAGGGUAUCGUCGCAACGCACAACCUCACAGCAGGUCGUCGGACACUGCAGAAGGUUCUCAUCGACUGGGCUACAGCCAGAGACAUGUACAAGAACCCGAACAGGGAUUGAUAACACCAUCGGGGUCACUCGCAUUUUCUCAGUAGUCGCCCCCUCCCGCACGCCAAGCCUAGGCCUGGCGCGUCUAGACAGUAGAUGGGGCGUUGGCAGCAGCGGACACAA